AUGAGAAAACCAAGGCCCAGAGCAAAGGCUUUCUUGAGGUGAGACAGCCAUGCCCUUGGCAGAAUCAGGAUCAGAACCCAGGAUGUCUGACCUCUUCCCACUUGAUAACUGCUGUGACAUCAGUGGGCUUCGUCCCAGGACUGGCUGCUGCUCCAGAGCCCUUCACGCCCCAGGAACUGCUCUCACUGCAGGCCCCUCCUUGACCGCUGGGUCCGGGUUGCCGGGUGGGGAUUUGUCGCCUCCCAGCACUGACCCCAGAGUUGAAGGGGCAGCUUGUAAACCAACUCAGCAGCUCCGCAUCCUGUACUCUCUGCCUCCCAGUGCUCAGCCCUGCCUGCCUUUUGGAGUAGACUUCAUGCCUUUAGCUGGGGAGAGGACCAACCGUCUUUCCCUACGUGGUCAAGGGUGGUCUCCGAUGCUGCAGGACUGCCCCAAGGCCCGCCGCGAGGUGGAGCUGCACUGGCGCGCCUCGCAGUGCCCGCACAUCGUGCGCAUCGUGGACGUCUACGAGAACCUGUACGCGGGGCGGAAGUGCCUGCUGAUCGUCAUGGAGUGUUUGGAUGGCGGAGAACUGUUUAGUCGAAUCCAGGACCGAGGAGACCAAGCCUUCACGGAAAGAGGUAGAAAGGAAGCUUCAGAGAUCAUGAAGAGCAUCGGCGAGGCCAUCCAGUAUUUGCACUCAAUCAACAUCGCCCAUCGGGAUGUCAAGCCCGAGAACCUCUUAUACACCUCCAAAAGGCCCAAUGCCAUUCUCAAACUCACUGAUUUUGGCUUUGCCAAGGAAACCACCAGUCACAACUCUCUGACCACUCCUUGUUACACACCAUACUACGUGGCUCCAGAGGUGCUGGGCCCAGAGAAGUACGACAAGUCCUGCGACAUGUGGUCCUUGGGCGUCAUCAUGUACAUCCUGCUGUGUGGGUACCCCCCCUUCUAUUCCAACCAUGGCCUUGCCAUCUCUCCGGGCAUGAAGAGUCGCAUCCGAAUGGGCCAGUAUGAAUUCCCCAACCCAGAAUGGUCAGAAGUCUCAGAGGAAGUGAAGAUGCUCAUCCGGAACCUGCUGAAGACCGAGCCCACCCAGCGGAUGGCCAUCACUGAGUUCAUGAACCACCCCUGGAUCAUGCAAUCGACGAAGGUCCCUCAAACCCCACUGCACACCAGCCGGGUCCUGAAGGAGGACAAGGAGAGGUGGGAGGACGUCAAGGAGGAGAUGACCAGUGCCUUGGCCACGAUGCGGGUCGACUACGAGCAGAUCAAGAUAAAAAAGAUUGAAGAUGCGUCCAACCCUCUCCUUCUGAAGAGGCGGAAGAAAGCGCGGGCCCUGGAAGCCGCAGCCCUCGCUCACUGAGCUGGGCCUGCUGCUCCGCUGGAGGACAAGCAAUAACUAUCGACCCGGCUGGAUUUUUUAAACAGAGAGACCCAGAGCCGCCUGCUCCCGCUUCCCCUCCUCCUCGGCCGCGAGGGGCCAGGACCUCUUCAGAGGCUGCGUUCUGCCUUCGGUUCCGGCCACCUGCCUGAGAGGGGGCGCCCGGGAGGCUGGGGCCCCGGGGAGAGGGAGCACCGCGCCCUCGAUCCUGUGCUCAUUUGGCAAUUUUAUCAGUAAUUUGACUUAGAAUUUUUACGAACCUUCUUUUAUUGUUCUUGCCCUCACUCCCGCCCGUGUCCCCCAAGCCCCGUCCUGUCUGGAGACUGCAAGGGUUUGGGGUGUGUCCUAGGGUGUCUGUGGAACCCUCUUGGGGGGCGUCCUGCGUUGCGUCGCUGGCCCCCUGACCUCCCUGCUACAGCCCCAGGUCCCCACUGGCUGAGGCCUGCCAGGAGCUGCAGACCGUGGGGCCUGGGGCCCGGAGGCUCUGCUGAGCCCUCGGAUGUCCCCGGUGUGCCAGACGGAUAGGAGUGAGUGUGUGUGCGUGUGUGUGUGCGUGUGAGGGGCCCCUGCCGUGCUCGGAACCGUCUCCCGUGCCCGGGCCCACCCUGCCCGUGCUGGGCCUGCCCAAGUGCCUGGGAGCCUGUCUGGCCCUGCGCCAGGCCGCCCGCCCCGCCUGUAUGGGCCGCUCCCCGCGCAGUCAAGGGCGCGUGGAGCACUGGCACAGUGCCAGCCCCGCUUGGAACCCUCCGCCAAGGCGCCGAGCUGUCGAGUCAGGCCUCUGCGCCCCCUUCCUGCCGUUCUUAACCUGCUGGUGUUCUCUCAUGUCUGCAGCCGUUUUGCAGCAGGCCCGCCCUCAGCCCACGUGGGUGAGGCUGGCUUUCGAGUGCCUCCUGGGCUCCGGGUUGUCGGUCCGCAGCCCCUUGGGGGCGAGCAUGGCAUCCCCCCGUGGCCUCUGCAAGUGUCCAUGGCGCAGCCCAGCGGGCGGGUGGGGAAGGCUUUGCACCAAAGAUGUCCCGACUCUGCCCCUCUCCCACCAGCCGCUCCCUCGCCUCCCGCCCCAAACAACUCAGCGACGUGUCCAGGCCAGUGUGGGGUGGGGAGGCCCCGUGUUAACCUGAGCACUGUGGGGAGGGCCCCCGCACCGCGGUCCCUGGGGCAAGGGGCGGUGAUGCUUCAGCUCUCAUCUCCCUCGGGCAGGGCUGGGGGUGCCCGGGGCCUUCUCGGGGUGCGAGGGCAGGGCUCCGAUUGCCCACAGCGCCUCCCCGCUUCUGACGGCGCCCAGCUCUCAGACUGUUGUGAACUCUUGUCGUUUUGUAUGAGCAAAAUUGUCUUUACUAAACAGAUUUAAUAGUUGAAA